AUGGGGAAGACAAGAGAUCUUUACCAGAAAAUUAGAGAACUUGAAAGAAAAUUCCAGGCAAAAAUUGGAAUGAUACAAGAUAGAAACGGGAAAGAUCUGAGUGAAGCAGAGGAUGUUAAGGAAAGAUGGGCAGAAGACCUGCAAGAAAGAACUAACUGGGAGCCAGAUAUUUUGGAGAGCGAAAUGGCUGAUAACAAAACUAGUGGACAUGAUGAAAUACCAGCAGAAUUGUUUAAUGUCACUGGAAAGGAUGCAGUGAAAGUGCUGCGCUCAAUAUGUCAAAAAAUAUGGAUCAUGCUGCAGUGGCCAGAAGACUCGAAAAGAUCAGUAUGCAUCCCCAUUCCAAAGAAGAGAAGUUCUAAAGGAUGCGCAGAUUACCAAACAAUCGCACUUAUCUCACAUGCUAGAAAAGUCAUGUUGAAAAUCUUACAAAAUAGACUUCGCCAAUAUCUAGAUCGAGAGCAACCAGAAGAACAAGCUAGAUUAGGAAAGGAAGAGGAACUAGAGAUCAAAUUUGCUAACAUUCGCUGGAUUAUGGAAAAAGCAAGAGAAUUCCAGUGUGAUGUGUACCUCUGCUUUAUUGAGUACGCCAAAGCCUUCGACUCCAUCGAUCACAAC